AUGCGGCGAUUACUUGGUGCUGUAUUAGUGGUAGCUGUUGUCUUGGCCCGAGGAAUAUGCCCAGCAACUAGCUCCGAGCUCUCCGCGUCUGACGCAACUCUAAGGCGAGAGAGGCACACACACAAGAGCAGUAGCAAGCGCCGUCUGCGGAUACAUGUAGCAGAGAAACACAGUCAAGAGGGCCGAAGCACUGACUCCUCCAACGUGCCGUGUAUAUCUGGGGUCAAUUUAACAGCUUCAGAUAAAGAAGAACGAGGUUUUCUACCGUCCGUUUCUAACUUGAAAUACUCGAAGUUGAUGGAGGACAAGAGCGUCCGAACUUCAAUCACAAAACUACUGGAAGGCAAGAAGAAGUCGUCACUACCAAAGCUGCGCUCCAUAUUAUUGAGAAGUAUGCCCCUGGAGCUAGCGUCCAAACUUAUAUUUCUAAAGAUGCCCAAGAAUGUACCGAAGCCGCUACCGUCGACGCUGCCGAAGGGUGUUAAAGGUUUCAAUUUUAAAAUUCCAGGGGUUUCAAAUGCAAUUAUUCGGCUGAAGAUGGAGAUCUGGUUUUACUACAGAAUUCCCCCGACUUUCGUCUUCAAGAAGCUAGGCCUCGUAGGAAAAGGAACAGAUGAAGUGCUCCAUGCUCAAGAAAACUACAAGUACUUCGUGUCAUAUUUUAACGCGUGGUAUGAAUCUCAAAAGUUUUUGAUUUUUUAA